AUGCACUGUUGUAUCUGGUCUCUGUAUGAAUUUUACAAUACCUGUGACGCUGACUCACCUUGUCCUAUCAGGAAGCAGAGGAGCUAUAAAUUAUGUUCCAGUGAGGAACCUCAGUCACUUCCACAACCAUCUGAGACACGGAAAAAACUUCCAUUCUUCCUGGAGUCAAAAGAGAUGAUUCUGCCAUCAGUGUUGCUGUGUCUCGUAGCUGUGCUGCCUUGGUCCUUUGGAGAGGAACCUGCAAGUUUUGAUACUCUGUCAACUAGCAAAGCAGAMCAACAAAAGCUGAUUGUUGACAAACACAAUGAGCUGCGGAGAGGAGUAAAGCCRCCUGCCAGCAACAUGUUGAAGAUGGAAUGGAGUCCUGAAACUGCAAAAAAUGCAGAACUUUGGGCAAAUCGUUGUACUUUUCAGCACAGUCCUCCAGAAAUGAGGAAAACCAAUGUAAGCUGUGGUGAAAAUCUCUUCAUGGCAAGCAUUCCUUUCUCAUGGCCAGAUGUUGUUCAGGCCUGGUAUGACGAGGAGAAAGAUUUCAAGUAUGGAAUUGGACAAACCCGUCCAGGUGCUGUGGUUGGCCACUAUACUCAGGUCGUUUGGCACAGUUCUUAUGAAGUUGGAUGUGCAUUUGCUUAUUGUCCUAAGACUUUGGGAUACAUGUAUGUCUGCCAGUAUUGCCCUGCGGGGAAUAAUAUAAAUUCAAUCAAUACACCCUACAAAGAAGGAACACCUUGUGGUGACUGUCCUAAUGAUUGUGACAAUGGACUAUGCACCAACCCCUGCAGGCAUCAAGAUAUUUUCGCAAACUGCGCAAACCUGAAAGAUUUGUUUGGCUGUGAUUCCCCACUGCUGAAAUCUAAGUGUCUUGCUACCUGCAAAUGCACCACUGAAAUCAAAUAAAGUCCAGGUGAAUGUCAUUGCGGCAGCUUUGAGACGGACCUAUUUGGAAGGAAGAAAACUAACCAUGAAGUGUAUUUGCUGUCAGCUUACCAGUCCAGACUGUGUGUUAGCAUUUUUUAUGAAAUCACACAAUUAUAGUCCUAACAGCUCAAGUAACCGCUAAUGUCAUUUUAGGCUUAACUAUCAUUUGGAUUACUUUUUCCCUUUUUCUUGCAGUAGAGUUUUGACUGAUUAAUUUCUUU